AUGGCGGUCCUAAAGGUCACUCCGUUGAUCUUAUGGCACAAGCUUCAAAUGUCCAAAACUGACCUAUGUGGCAAACCUCUACCAUUUCUUUCUGAAAGUCCCUUAGUUAAUGCUUUGGGGGUUAAUGUGUUUGCACAAUCCCCUAACUUGUAUCGACCUGAGAUUUUUUCAAAUCCUUACGUUUUCCCGCCCAUUUGCCUUAUUCCCAAGGUCUUUAGGUAUCUUAAUAGCCUUGAGUUGCCAUACACCCUUGUUGUCCCAGACGUGAUCCCACGUCGUUUUUGGUGGCCUUUGCUUCUGUCUGCAUGCUCUUCCAGCUCCUUGCUAGCCUCUAAAGGGGCUAGUGGCGUUCUUCUCACCCCUUCCAGGGAUGGUAUCUUGGGUGACAGGCCGAUCCCCUGGGACCUUUGGGUUUUCCGGAUUUCAAAUAAUUAGACUCGCAGCAUUUCAUACUGUUUAAGGAUUAUCAAGCAAGCAAAUCCAUUUUGCUGUUGCAUUUGAUGUGUUUCUGUCAUUAAGAUGUAAUUUCAAUAAAGUCAUCGAGUCUUGUACUUUUCGUCUCUCCUUGAUUUUAUUUAGUUAUUUUCAACUAUAUUUGGUAUUUAUUCUCAUUUAGUCUUUCAUCUGUCUUCCCUAUUAGGAUCUCCCACAAGUACAGCGGUUUUUUAUCCCUGCUGUAGCUUGCCCUUCAUGUGCUUAUGCCAACGACCAUUUGUUUCGUUUUUGCCAAAUGUGUGGCUACAAAAGACAGUCAGUCCCACGUCAGCCUGCCUUGAAAAUAAAAGUGGAUCCAGCCAACCCGUCUUCGUAUUCAAAGCAAGAAUCCUCUUUGCGCGUGGAGUUUGAAACCUUUUUAGCCUCUUUGCCUAAUACAAAGUCUAUCUAUUCCGCCACCCCCGAAGAUGUUUCGCGUUUUCUGAUUUGGAAAGAUCGUCACAGGAAAAGGGUUGUCCAUGUAGCUGAAUGUGUAAAUGCCCCAAACCAAGAUGCUUCUGAUUGCAGUUGCCCAUAAGCGACUCGCGUUUAAAACUGUGGAUUCCUAUACUGGAAAACCUCGUGCAAUAUUUAACGAGGCCGGCCGUUUUGGCGAAUGGAAUAGUAUCCUAGGUUUUGGUAAUCCUGCUGCUUCUUCUCCAGUCCAUGGUUAUCUUAAGGCUGUAUCUGAGGAACAAUUGCGUCCUCAUAUCGUCCCGAAGCAAGCAGUCCCGUUUUUUCUAACGAAGCUCUUACUUCUGGCAAGGUUAUGGGAUAGAAAAAUGGCGGAUCCGGCAGUCAGCCCUUCCGCUCUCUUUAUUCUGGCUCGAGAUCAAGCAUUCUUUAAGACUCUAUUCUUCAGCGCGGAUAGAGGUUCUGAUCAGGGAUGCGUGAAAACUGCACAAAUUAUGCGUUUCCCUAAAGACGAUGGCUUUUUAUUUAAUCAUGUUUGGGGUAAAACUUUACAAGACGGCGCCUAUAACGUCUUUGGAAUUCGUCGCCAUUCAAAUCCCCAGCUUUGCCCGGUCAAGGCAAUUGAAACAUAUGUGGCUGUCGCCUCAGAACUACGCAUAACUCUCUCCAACGGCUACUUAUUUCGCCCCACUAAUCACCAGGGUCAUAUCGUCAAUAAGCCCUUUACAAGUUCUUCCACAGAAGCCCGCUUGAAAUAUUAUUUAAAGGAUGCGAAAAUUGAUGAAGGCGAGACUGUGCACGGUUUCCGCUCGGGCUCCGCCAUUACCCUCGCUUUGUCUGGAUCACAGCUCGCUGAUGUGAUGUCCCACGUGGGUUGGUCCAACAAGGGUACUGCCCUUUACUACAUGACGUUAGCUGAAGUUCUUCGUGAAGGAUCUCCUUCUGACUUAUUGUCUUCAAACGAGUUGGCCGCCUCCACCUCCACAACUUUAUAUGCGGAUCUUACUCGCUUGAAAGACUUUGUUUCUGCGUUUCCUCGUUCCUAA